UGCAUUUCACGCCUCAUCUUCACUGAAUUACCUAACGAUUAUCAUCGUCAUGAUGACUACGACAACCUCAACUUUGGAAUCACAAUUCCUCCAUUCUUAAAAACAAAACCAAACCCACAAAACCUCAUUCUUCUACCUUAACUUUUUGUCUCAACUCCCUACUCUUUUCUUUUUCCUCUAAAUCUAAUCCCAUUUUACCUUAAAAAAAACCAAGACACCCAAACCAAACCAAACCAAACCCAACUCAACCCUCUUUUAUUUUCAUGGACUUAACCGUCGUACCUUACAACAACCACACCCCCAAGUCCGAGAACGAAAACGACGACGUUAAGAAGAACAACAACAACAACAACCACCAUAACAACAACAACAACAACAAUGAUGUAGCUGAUCGUGAACCGGAAGUUAUGAACCCGUCGAGUAAGACCGUUAAUAAUACCGUUAUUACCGUUGAGUACAAGGAGUGCAUGCGGAACCACGCGGCCUCUCUAGGUGGUCACGCCAACGACGGCUGCGGCGAGUUCAUGCCACGUGGCACCAACAUCAACAACAACAACAACGUUGUUAAAGAUCAGCAGCAUGAGAACUUGCUCACGUGCGCCGCAUGUGGCUGUCACCGCAAUUUUCACAGGAGGGAAGUAUUCGGUGGUGAGCCGCCGCAUCACCAUCCCGUGCACCUGCACUCUCCACCACCAAUGUUUGCGUUGUACAACGGUGGCCCCGCUGCUGUGCCACGUGGACAUCCUCACCACCACCACCAUCAGUAUCAUCAACAUAACGGUGGUGAUCAUCACGAUCGUGGACGGUCAGAGACGCCGGAGAGAGUAGUGGGGCCCGUGGCGAUCACGAGGAGUGGUAGUACUAAUAAUACUACUAGUGCGAAGAGGUUUAGGACUAAGUUCACGCAGGAGCAGAGGGAGAAAAUGCUAGAGUUCGCUGAGAGGAUUGGGUGGAGGAUACAGAGGCACGAUGACGUGGCGCUCAACCAGUUCUGUUCGGAAAUUGGUGUCAAACGCAAUGUGCUCAAAGUGUGGAUGCACAAUAACAAGAAUACUCACCGCCGUAGAGAAUCAGGGCCCGAUGACUCAGCUUCGGAACCACCACAACAAGAAGAAGAACAACCUAUUGGAUCAUGAGUAUAAGUGAUUAAUUAACUAAUAAAUAUUUUGACUUUUUAUGUUAUUAUUAUUAUUUUUUUGGGUUUAAUUUUUAUCUUUUUAAUUAAUUUUGUGUAAUGACUAAUGAAUACUGAUGUGAAAUGGGCUUUUUUUUCUUGAAGAAAAGUUUUUAGGGGUUUGUACAAGUGAAAUAAUUGUGGGUUUUGGUUUGGUUUUGGUAACUUUUGAUGAUUCUAAGUUCAACAAUGUUGGUGCA